ACGACGAUGACUGUGUGCAUGACGGAGUGAGUGAGUGUGGGUGUGUGUAUGCACAAAGUUGGAGCACGUUGGAAUGGUCGUCACCCAUAAACGCCGCUGUAAAUUGAAACGACAUUUAGUGAAAGCGGGGAAGAUGGGGGUGGGGAUGGACUGGGUCGUAUAGCCUUGGGAGAAACGCCGUGGGCUCAGUCGACACCGCAAACGGUUUUAAAGAUCGGCGAGGGUAGAUUCAGUUCCAGCAGUUGGGGCAGGCAGGGGCCCUGCACACGAAGAAGAUCACAAGUGGGUGUGCCGGGGAUGCUGGCUGGAUAACUGGCUGUCUGGCUAUCUGGCUGAUUAGAAAGAGUGGACACGCACAGACAGUCACACAGCUACACACACACACACAAGUUGAGCGAGAGAGUGAGAGAGAGAGAGAUCGAUAGAGAGAGAGACAGAGAGAGAGAAAAGCUUCGGUGGGUUUGUUCAUCUCGAAGACUGAUUCGAAAACCUUCUGCAGACUUUCGGCGUGAGCUUUCGAGAGUGUUCAUUUGGUUUUUUUUAUGUUUGGGUGUGAGGAUUGUUGAGGGAAUUAUACUGCAAUCCAGCAAAGAUACCAACGCCACGCCGUCACGGAUCCUGGUGGAUAACGGAGCGGUCUGACGAGUUCAGGGUCGCGUCGUUGCGAGGCGCACUGUGUCUGCAGACCAUCGCAUUUUUCUUUUGAACAAAAAGAAGAAAAGAAAAAGAGAACAGAAGUAUUUUCAGAAAAAAUAGAUAUUGUUGUUUAUUUUUCUAUUUUUAAUUAUUUUGUUUUGAGGUUGAAUAUACUAUUAUCCCCUUUGGAGAGAGGGAGGUACUGAGAGCGAGGUAGAGAUAGGGGGCGGUUAGAUUGCGACGUGGUGAGGGUGAUGGAUCUACGGAGGUGGAUCUGCAGUGAAAUUAAAGCCAAGAAACAAGUGAUUUGGUGAGAGUGCGAGACAGAGAGGGAGAAGUGAACGGUGAGAAAGAGAGGCCGUCGACUCGCGGGCUAGAUAAAGGGGGCUCAUAGACUACGGUUGGGGAGCAUUCUGGGAAGGGUCUGUACUCGCCCUGAUUUCCUCACUUCUACUGCGUCAAUGCCGUAAAACGUCUGCCUUCCAACCAGAAAUUUAACACCAAUCUGGGGAUUCAUAGUUCUGUAGGGGGUGGGGGGUAUGGAGAAAAAAACAAUAGACACACACACUCCCAUAUAUAUAUAUAUAUAUAUAUAUAUAACAGAUCACAGCAAUGAAGCAUUGCCAACUGCUGAGAUCACGUUGACUUGAACUCAGACAAGUGAUGAUUGGUAAUGUACCACAGUGUUGAUCGACCUGCAGCCAAUGUGUAGAUCAAUAUUAGUUCAAAUAAAUAUCUAUAUAUCUAUACAUAUAUAUAUAUAUAUAUAUAUUUGUUUUUUGAGUGAGAAAGAGAAAGAGAAAGAGAGAAAAAGCUGAGCUUGUGUUCAGUGGUCGACAGCGUGAAAAACAAAAAAUUGAGCUCAUCGUGCACAUAUCUGUCUGUGCUGAUCAGGCAGCUAUCUUUACAGUACUGCGGGAAGUACGCGAGUACUGGAGAUUUGAGAGCGCUGUCACAGAUAGCUCGACACGCUCCAAAAGUUUCUUGCAUUUUGUUGCGUCCAAGGAGAUCUUUUGCCUGAGGUCACGUUGAUGAUUGUAGUCUCUCUCGCGUCUCCUGGAUGGUGACCGUAAAAGGUUUUGAAGCGCAACCGAAAUUAAUGACUCAUUGAUCCUUAACCAGGUAGCUAGAAGGGAAGUGCACCAAAAGGUGAGGGGGGGGGGGAUGGCCCUGGCUACUGCCUGUAGGAACCUGAAGGGUCAGCACGCAACCCAGCUAUCAGAAUUUUUGUCUGGAUUUGAGUUUCUUCAUAGGGUGCAAGAUUGGACCAACAGCCCGUGUCGCCCAAUCAGCCAAAAGUUUCGUUGAUGCCGAGCUCAGAGGACCGCAUCGAUCAGAGGACUUCCUGUCCACUAUAAAGAGGCAGCCUGGCAGCAGCUCUAUCAGUCAUUUAGUGCAGUUACACAGACACCUUUCAGAGCUUGGUUGAAGGUUUUAGAGUGCUCUCGGCCAUAAAUCAGCGCAUUCUAGUGAGAUCUGAGCGGAAGCAAAAAGAUGAAAUUCACGAGCUGGGUUCACGUGGCGGUGGCCUUGAUGGGAUGCAUCCUCGCAUUCGGCUCACCGACUUGUCACUGCAGUGGCAGCAACAGCGAGGCCGACAGCCGUCGUGGGUCAAUUUCAGCUAGCGAUCGCAUGUACCUGGAGUCGCUCUCUCUGCAGGGCACGCUCACCUUCGACAACACCACGGCCUCGGCCAAAGAUUGGGGCCAGCUCCGUCGUUUUGUGGCGCCAGCCGGAGUGUUGCAGCCAGCUUCGGUGGAAGAUAUUGCGACAGUUGUGGGCGCUGUGGGGAGGUUGGAGUCUGACCUCACUGUUGCCGCUCGCGGGCUUGGGAGCUCUGUUGGGGGCCAAUCUCAGGCACGCAAUGGAAUUAUCAUCGAGAUGACGACUAUGAAGGGCAUUGCUGUGGUGCCAUUAGGUGACAAGGCCUCACAGGGUGUGCCGUUCGUGGAGGCCAUGGGCGGAGCACUUUGGGUGGACGUGUUGAGAGCGAGUCUAGAGCACGGGGUGGCUCCCCGAUCAUGGACGGACUACCUCUACCUUACUGUCGGAGGCACCUUGUCGAACGCUGGAGUGAGCGGUCAAACUUUCCGCCAUGGGCCCGAAGUUAGCAAUGUCUUGCAGCUGGAAGUUGUCACAGGAAAGGGAUUGGUGGUGGAAUGCACGCCCACGAAGAACUCGGAGCUUUUCUUCGCAGUGUUGGGAGGCUUGGGUCAGUUCGGCAUCAUCACCAAGGCGCGCAUCGUUCUGGAAAAAGCCCCACAAAGGGUGCGCUGGAUGCGAACCCUCUACACAGACUUCGUCACGUUCAAGAAGGACCAGGAACUGCUCAUCAGCUCUGCAACCAGCAAGACCUUCGACUACGUGGAGGGCUUCGUGGUGGUGAACAACGAGAAUGCCAUCAACGGGUGGGGUUCAGUGCCAUUCGUUCACAGUGAGAUCAGUGAGGCCAUGAUCCCCCCUUCAGCCAGCGCUAUCAUGUACUGCUUGGAGGUGAUCAAAGCUUACUCAGCAGCCGAUGUCCAGACAUUGGAUGAGGAGAUAGAGAGCAUGUUAGCUCCAUUGAACUUCCACCGCGAGCUGCUGUUCAAAACCGACACGACCUACUUCAAGUUUCUGGACCGCGUGCAUGAAUUGGAGCUACAGUUGAGAUCUAGAGGUCUAUGGGAAAUUCCUCACCCGUGGCUGAACAUUUUCGUGCCCGCAUCGGUGAUUGAUCGAUUCGACAUGCUGGUGUUCAAGCACCUUGUCACGCACGAGUUCAAUGGCCCUAUCCUAGUCUACCCCGUAAAUAAAUCCAAGUGGGACAAGAGGCUCUCAGUGGCAGUUCCUGAGGGCCAAGAGGAAAUCUUUUACAUUGUGGCCUUCCUGCGCAACAAGCUACCCGACGCGGCUGGCGGCCCUUCUUUGUCCACCAUGCUGGAGGACAACGAGAAGAUCCUGCGCAUCUGUGAGCCUCUGCAAUGCAAGCAGUAUUUGCCCCACUACCAGGACCGCAGCCGGUGGAAGCGUCACUUCGGCUCCAAGUGGGAAACCUUUGUGCAGAACAAGCAAUUGUUUGAUCCCACCGCCAUUCUCUCCCCCGGCUUGAACAUCUUCUCCCGUCGCCGCAGCAGUAGCAGCCUUGGCAGCAAAUUCUCCCUUGCAAAUUUCACUCCUAGUCAAGCCCAUGCUGAGUAAUCGAGGCCAACAGCAACUUAAUUCGAGAAAUUGAUUAGGUCUUUUUUGGACUCUGCUUAGGAGCUAUCACCCCAUUAUCCGACAACCAUCUGGUCGGAGCGAGUGGUUUAUCCUUCUGUAUGGACUUUUAGUAAGCAAGUGAUGCAAAUAGGAAGAAGUUCAUGACCAGUUGCAGUGCUACAGGUAGUCGGGAGAGAGAGAACGCUCAAGGUGAAUUGGUUGGGUGUACAUAUUCAACGGUAUAUUUUUCGGAGUUCCACCAAUUUCUAGCUGAAGGAAUUGCAGCACCCGGUGAGUUGAGGGAAGGAGAAAUCAAUUCUGAAGGAAGCCGAUCCUGCCCUGUUGGUUAGCAUCACCUGUGAGCAUGAUAUUUGAAGGUGUGAUGACAUUAUAUAUUUUAUCAGAACUUAGGUUAAACAGAACAUGUUAGCCGACGAUCCCCAAGGACUGGUCUGAGUGGGGGGUUCAGUGGUUGUAAAGACACAAAUUGGUGGCUUUAUUCCUUUCAACAGUCAAUUCAAGGACUUUGUGUUGAGGGAAUUUUCCUAUUCAAUUUCACUUGCUUACCUAAUAGCUGAUAUAUUCUUCUCCUCUCA